UAGAUUCUGUGGCCGAUAUCUUCUUAUAGUUGUCUUACAUGCUUGAUAGUAUUUAGUACCUCCCGAGUGAUGGCCCGACUGCAGCGGUUCCCCAUCGUAUACUCUUCGGUGCUGACGUACCAAUUAAGUAUGUAAGAUAGUUGUUGUUGGUGUAAAUAUCUUGGUGUAACUCAGUUAUGGGAAUUUCAGGUGGAAUGAGACGCGGACGUAGAUCUCGUGCUAGUAGUGACCCUUUACCCGCUGGUGAGGGUGAUGAUGAGCAGGUCCCUCGUGGGUUGCUACGGACCAUGGAGCAGUUGUUUGAGCGUUUUACAGCGGCACUCCCAAAUCCUAGUACCGACUAUACUGUGGAGCGUGCCAGACGCCAUGGGGCGUAUAUUUUUUUCCAGGGCUCCUACGGAGUCCGUAGCAGGAGACUGGAUUACUCGUAUGGAUAGAGUAUUUGAAUCCUUGGUUGUCCAGCUGCUAGGAGGGUUCCUUUGGCUAUUGACCUCCUAGACGGGGAUGCAUGGCUUUGGUGGCAGGGUACUAGGAAUAUGGGUUUUGACCCAACUACCAUGACUUGGGAAGAGUUCAAAACGGAGUUCUCAAAUCGGUACUAUAAUCAGGCAUCCCAGCAUCGUCUCCGAAUUGAGUUCAUGCAGUUGAAGCAGACUGAAGAGAUGACUGUGUUACAGUAUGAGGAGCGUUUCAUUGCUUUGUCUCGGUUUGCCCCUGAAUUGGUGACAAUAGAAAAGUUGAAGGUUGAGCAGUUUAUCAAUGGCCUUCUACCUAUAUAUCGAGAUUGGUUGGCGCCUCAUGAUUAUCCGACUUUUAAGUUAGCUGUGGAGGCUGCUAUGAGGUGUGAGGCUAGAUAUCUGGACGGUUCCCGACCUUUGGAGAUUGGCGGUCCCAGUCAGGGGCCAUCUAAGAGAAUUGCCUCUAGUUCGGGUUCUGCAUCGUCAUCAGGCAGUAGGCCGAGCAGUUCAGAUUCUAGCUCUCGUCAGCGUUUCAGGGGACGCUUCAGGAGGCCUGGGCAGACAGGUAGGAGACAGUUCAGGGGUGGCACUGCUAGUUCCAGUGGAGGCUUUGGCAGACAGGCAAUUCAGAGGGACUAUCCCCAGUGUGCUACUUGUGGUAGGCACCAUGUGGGCCCGUGUCAGGCAGGUGUGGGGACUUGUUACUAGUGUGGCCAGUGGGGUCACUACAGGAGAGAAUGCCCUCAGUUGACCCAGGGAGUCUUCACUACUACUAGUCAGAGUAUGGGUCAGACCUCUGCGGGUGCUACUAGUUUGGGUUCUCAUGGCAGUUUAUCAGGCAGGAGCAGCACUCAGCCGGGUCGUGGACAGAGAGGGCGACCAGUGACCCAGGCCCGUCUUCAUGCUAUGACCCAGCAGGAGGGUCGCACUGCACCGAACGUCAUUAUGGAUUUCAGAUUAGCCGAGAUUGCGUCCAGGCUCAAGGACUUUGGAAAUCAGCGCUUCCGUUUUUGUUCGUAGGUUAUUACUUAACCUACUUUGUAUGAUAUCGGCUUAGUUUAGUGUUGCUCUGAUAAACCUUUUCUUUUAAGUUUGGUGGAUGUUUUUGUUCGAAUUGAUGUUUAUUACGGAGGUUGUGAUGGGAUUGAACUUUCCGAAGGUAACAUAUAUGCUUGGAAUGUAAAUAUGGUUUUUGAGUUUUUGAUUAGGAGGUAAAUAUUAAUCAUAUCCAGGUUUGUGAACUAUUUGGGUAGCCCAUAUUAGGGGAGGUUCUGCCGAUUUUUUGGUUGGAUUUCACCUAACGUGGGCCCCGCAGGCUCGUAUCCAGGUUUCGGGGUGAUUCUUGGGUCGGGUCCUGUCACAAAAUGAUCUCCGUGGAAAACCCAAGCUUCGACGGCAAGAUGGUGACCGGAGGUGGCCGAAGUCGCCGGAAAUCGGCAAAAGUACCCAACUGCCACCGUAGCUUCCUCCGCUCCAAAUCGAGGUUCUCCGGCCAAAUCGUCGUGAAAUACCUCCACAGACGUGACA